UGUAAGAUAACCGUUCUUUUUAUAUCUGUGCGCGUUGUCAGUCUCCGCCAGCUGCUGCACUACAAGUGGCAGCGUUCUCUGUGUGAUCCGGGUGAAGCCGUGGGCCUGCUGGCAGCUCAGUCCAUCGGGGAGCCCUCCACCCAGAUGACCCUCAACACCUUCCACUUCGCCGGCAGAGGAGAGAUGAACGUGACUCUGGGAAUCCCUCGACUGAGAGAGAUCCUGAUGGUGGCCAGCUCCAACAUCAAAACCCCCAUGAUGAGCGUUCCGGUGCUGAACAACAGGAAGGCAUUGAAGAGAGCCAAGACGCUGCGCAAGAAGCUGACCAGAGUGUGUCUGGCUGAGGUGCUGCAGAAGGUGGAUGUUGUGGAGAAACUGCGGAUUGAAAAUCACCACAAGCUGCGGACGUUUAAAGUCACCUUCCACUUCCUGCCAGCUGAGCGUUACAGCGAGGAUAAACUGUUAUCGCCUCACCAGAUCCUCCGCUACAUGGAAACAAGGUUUUUCCGUCUCCUCCUCGAAGCCAUUAAGAAGCGCUCCGCCAAGCUGGCCUCCAUCGCCGUGGAGACGAGGAAGGCCACCCCCAGAGACAAGGACGUGGACGGCGAGGGGGCGGCGGACACAGCAGGGUUGGACGAUGGGGAGGGAGAGGAGGAGAGAGAGAUCGUUGAUGAUCAGGGCAACGAGGGAGACGCUGACGCUUCAGAUGCCAAGAGAAGAGGCAAACAGGAGGAGGAGGUCGACUACGAAAGUCAGGACGAGGACGAAGGCAACGACGAUGAGGUGGAUGAUGAAGAGCAGAUGGAGGAGAAGGCGGAGGAGAACUCGGAGACGAACGCUGUGGAGGAGCCUCAGCCAGAGUCUGCAGGAGUGAGAGAUGAAAGGAAGAGUAAGAAAGGGAAAACAGACGCAGGACGGGAGACUCUGGAUCAGAUGAGAGUGAACUCUGUUCUGACGUCCAACUCUGCCAUAGAGAGCUACUGCUACGACUGCCAGCAUGAGCUCUGGUGUGAGGUUGACCUGGCGUUGCCGGUGAGCAAGAUUCACUUCGACCUGGCCUCAGUCCUGUCGACACUGGCCCAGAAUGCAGUCAUCAUGGAAACCAGGGGUCUGACACGCUGCCUGCUGAGCGAAACCACGACCAAGACCGGAGAAAAGGAGACGGUUCUCAACACGGAGGGCAUCAACAUGCACGAAAUAUUCAAAUACAGCGACAUCUUGGACAUCAACCGACUGUACUCCAACGAGGUCCAUGCGAUGGCGAAAACAUACGGGAUCGAAGUGGCUCUGAAGGUCAUCGAGAAGGAGAUCAAAGAUGUCUUUGCCGUCUACGGUAUCGAGGUUGACCCCAGACAUCUGUCGCUGGUGGCCGACUACAUGUGUUUUGAAGGUGUUUACAAGCCGUUGAACCGGCACGCCAUCGGAUCAAACUCCUCCCCUCUGCAGCAGAUGACCUUCGAGACCAGCUACAAAUUCCUCAAACAGGCUACUAUGCUGGGGUCACACGAUCAGCUGGUGUCGCCCUCAGCCUGCCUGGUGGUGGGGAAGGUAGUGAAAGGAGGAACAGGACUGUUUGAACUGAAGCAACCCCUGCAGUAGUAGGAGACACAAUGCCGGUUACACAUGAAGUGAUACGAUCGCAUGGAGGUUCUGCUCAGCUCCUUGUCUGAUAAAGACUUAAUCAUAUUACAUUUUUAUCUCAGUUUGUAAUCAGUGUGACCUCUUACCAAAUGUUCUUUAAAAAACAAAAUGCCAGAAUUGGAAAUGAAUGUAGCUGACUGCUAGUUAAGUUUUGUUUUGGAGAUCACUGUAUCAUAUUGUAAAAAGAUGCAUCGCUGGAGUUUACAGCGCAAAAAAUCAACACAAUAUACACAGAAGAAGCAUGAAGCUGUUAAAAAACAACCAACCUAAGCCUUUAUUUUUGUUUCUAUUUAAUAAUAAAAUGGAAAUUUUAUAUAA